GACGGAGCUGUCAUCAUGUUCAUCCUCAACUUUGAGGAUCUGGCCCAGCUCCUGGCCAAGAGCGGGAGCCGAAGCCUGUCCCAGCGCCUGUUGUCCCAGAGCUUCCUGGGCUCCGAGGGCUCUCACGGCAGGCCCGGUACGCAGGGGCCUGGCACGGGCAGGGUCAAGUACAGGACCAUCAGCCAGAUUCCGCAGUUCACACUCAACUUUGUGGAGUUCAACCUGGAGAAGCACCGCUCGGGCUCCACCACGGAAAUUGAGAUCAUCGCACCCCACAAGGUGGUGGAGCGGACCCAGAAUGUCACGGAGAAGGUCACCCAGGUCCUGUCCCUGGGUGCAGAUGUGCUGCCCGAGUAUAAGUUGCAGGCGCCACGCAUCCACCGCGGGACCCUCCUGCACUACAGCCCCUUCAAGGCCGUAUGGGACUGGCUCAUCCUGCUGCUGGUCAUCUACACAGCCGUCUUCACACCCUACUCAGCCGCCUUCCUGCUCAGCGACCAGGACGAGUCGCAGCGCGGGGACUGCAGCUACACCUGCAGUCCCCUCACCGUGGUGGACCUCAUCGUGGACAUCAUGUUUGUCGUGGACAUUGUCAUCAACUUCCGCACCACCUAUGUCAACACCAACGAUGAGGUGGUCAGCCACCCCCGCCGCAUCGCCGUCCACUACUUCAAGGGCUGGUUCCUCAUUGACAUGGUGGCAGCCAUCCCCUUCGACCUGCUCAUCUUCCGCACUGGCUCUGAUGAGACCACAACCCUGAUUGGGCUGCUGAAGACUGCUCGGCUGCUGCGGCUGGUGCGCGUGGCCAGGAAGCUGGACCGCUACUCUGAGUACGGGGCAGCCGUGCUCUUCCUGCUCAUGUGCACCUUUGCGCUCAUCGCGCACUGGCUGGCCUGCAUUUGGUAUGCCAUCGGCAACGUGGAGCGGCCCUACCUGGAGCCCAAGAUCGGCUGGCUGGACAGCCUGGGCGUGCAGCUCGGCAAGCGCUACAAUGUCAGCGACCCUGCCUCAGGCCCCUCGGUGCAGGACAAGUACGUCACUGCCCUCUACUUCACCUUCAGCAGCCUCACCAGCGUGGGCUUCGGCAACGUCUCCCCCAACACCAACUCAGAGAAGGUCUUCUCCAUCUGCGUCAUGCUCAUCGGCUCCCUCAUGUAUGCCAGCAUCUUUGGCAACGUGUCCGCCAUCAUCCAACGCCUGUACUCGGGCACUGCCCGCUACCACACGCAGAUGCUGCGAGUCAAGGAGUUCAUUCGCUUCCACCAGAUCCCCAACCCGCUGCGGCAGCGCCUGGAAGAGUACUUCCAGCACGCCUGGUCCUACACCAACGGCAUCGACAUGAACGCGAAUCCCUGGGGAAAGAAUGACAUCUUUGGGGAGCCUGUUAGCCUCCACGCCCAGCCGGGCAAAUCCAGUGCAGACGUGCGGGCCCUGACCUACUGCGACCUGCACAAGAUCCAGCGGGCAGACCUGCUGGAGGUGCUGGACAUGUACCCUGCCUUCGCAGACAGCUUCUGGAGUAAGCUGGAAGUCACCUUCAACCUUCGGGACGCAGACGGGGGUCUCCAGUCAUCACCCCAACAGGCUCCAGGCAAUCAGGACCACCAAGGCUUCUUCCUCAGUGAUGACCAGUCAGGUGCAGCCCCUUCCCUGAGCCUCUCGGAUGCAUCUGGCCUCUGGCCUGAGCUGCUACAGCAAGUGCCCCAAAGGCCAAGGCACAGCCCUCCAGACCCUCAGGGAGACCCAGACUGCUGGUCCCGGGAGCUGGGCUCCAGGCUAGAGCAACUCCAGGCCCAGAUGAACCGGCUGGAAUCCCGCCUGUCCUCAGACCUCAGCCGCAUCCUACAACUCCUUCAGCAGCCCCUGCCCCAGGGCCACACUGGCUAUAUUCUGGGAGCGUCAGCUCAUGACCUGGCCUUGUUUCCUGUGGCCUCAGCGACUCAGAGUCCAGGAACAAGGCUGCCCCAGGGUGGCCUGCCCCCUGCACAGGCCCCAUGCUGUGGUGACUUGGACCAACGUGAGCCGAAGCACAGGAACGCCUCCUCCAGGAUGCCUCACCGGGCCAUGGCAACGGACAAAACUCUGACACUGUCCUCUGAACUGGAGCAUCCUGAGGGGCUCCUGUCAUCCCUGGCCUCACCUCUGCAUCCCCUGGAGGUACAGGGACUCUGUGGUCCCCGCUUCCCCUCCCUCCCGGAAUACCUCGACUCUGUCCCCAAGCAGCUGGAGUUCCCGAGACAUGGCUCAGACCCUGGAUUUGCAGGGAGUUGGAGCCACUGAACCCCAAGACAAAAGACACCAUAAGGGGAUUGAAGGUGGGUGAGGUGAGAGUGAAGGAGUUGAGGGAGGCAGAGAGCUGCCAAGACGGACCUCUGAAAACCAUUCUCUUUGAGUAGCUACAAACCGCUAACCCAGGUGACCCAAGAUGGCAGAAGG